UUAUAUAGUUUAGAAAAUCCCAUUUCUCUGUCGUCACCACUGAACCAAAUGACAACUGCUUUUCCAUUAUUGAAUUCCCUCUAAAUUUCCCUUAUCUCCCAUCAUUAUAACAGCCAAAUUUGAUUCCAAAAACAAAGAGGAAAUCCAAGAGAGAGAAAAAAGAAGAAGAGGAUAUUUACACCUACAUCUCUAGCUAUAUAGCCUAUAGGUGAAAAUUUGUGAGGAUUUUGGGGAGCUUUUAACAUGGCGGAUGGCCAACCACCACCAUAUCUUAUGAGGUACGAGCAGCUAAGCUUUUGUUGAAUAAACAAAAGGACCAAUUGAAAAAAUUAUACUAUCCAGCAAGUUACUGGUAUUAUUGAUUGUGUCGGUGCUUUCAACAUAUUUUCUUUUCAUUUUUCAUUUUUCAUUUUUCAUUUUUUUUGAGGAGUCUUUUAUUAGAGUUAAUAAUUUUAAAAAAUGCUUUUAAGAAAAUCAACGUAGAGUAGCCACAACCGCUACCACAAUAACCUUUUCUUCAUUCACUACCAGCUUUUGCCUUUUCAUGGGUAUUCUUUCUCUCUCUGUUAUUCCUCCCAGUUUAUUAGCUCUAGAUUACAGGGAAACAAAAUUUUUGUAAUUUAGUCCCUGUAAUUUCGCAUAAUUAUUAUACAGUCAGAGAAAGAUGGAGAUAGGUGGUGGGGGUCAAAGUGGAGUUGCUGCAAGUUCAGGGGUUUGUUGUGGUGGGAAGAGAAAGAACGAAAGGCCAUACAAAGGGAUUCGUAUGAGGAAGUGGGGAAAAUGGGUGGCAGAAAUUAGAGAACCCAACAAGCGUUCGAGGAUCUGGUUGGGUUCGUAUUCAACGCCGGUGGCGGCGGCGCGGGCUUAUGAUACGGCGGUGUAUUAUCUAAGAGGGCCUUCGGCCCGAUUGAAUUUUCCUGAGUUGUUAGUUGGUGAUGGUGGGCUUAAUGAUUUGUCUGCUGCUUCAAUUCGUAAAAAAGCCAUAGAAGUUGGUGCUCAAGUUGAUGCUGUACAGAACUCGCUUGCAACCCAUCAUAACCAUACAGAAGAAAAGGUGCACUGUGAGACGGCAAGCCCGUCAGAAUUGAAGCCUUGUUGGUUUCAAGAGAAGCCCGAUUUAAACUUGAAGCCCGAGCCCGAGGAUCCAGAAGUGGAUUACUGGUAAUACUACUAUUUAGUUACUAUCGAUAUUACCAAUAAUAGUAUUAGUAGUAUCUGUGCUCUUUUUGUUGGUUGGGGGAAGAGGAAGUGCUUUGGUAAGAAUACAAGCGCCGCUCCAGGUUGUGUCGACUCCUAGCUUGGUAGCCUAGGAUUGUUAUAUUCUUUAAAAAAAAAAACUAUUACCUCUUUCUUUAAAUUUACUUUAUCUUUAAGAACAAAUUAUCAGCUGAGCAGUUUUGAUAUUGUAAGAUGUAAAGGGGAUUUGUGUUAUUAUUUUGUCUAUCGCAAUUCUGUUUGUACUUUGCUUGGUUGGGGUCUUUUAGUGGUGGGGGAAACAAAUGUUAGUGUGAAUGAUGGAUUAUGCAUAUUGGUCAUGUUGAAGACUAA